AUGGCAUCGGUAUCGCCCAGAAAGUCGACUCGCGCCGCCGCAACUCGCCGGAAGGCGCCCGUCAUUGACGAUUCCGACGGUGAGGAGAACAGGACACCGACCCCCGAGGUGAAGCAAGAGGAAGAGGAGGACUUCACACCAGCACCUGCAGCAGCGCCACUCAAGACUGGGCGAGGACGGGGAAGGCCGCGCAAGGCCCCAGCCCAGGAUGCAGAUGCGACACCCAAGCCGACUACGAGGCGGCGAACUCGUGUUACCGAGUCGGCGGAGGCUACACAGAUGCCCGCGCCUGCGGUGGAGAGCUCCAGGGCUGCGUCGCCCUCCAAAGCAAUGCCCAAGAAGCGUGGGCGGAAGCCCCGCUCAUCGGUCGCUCCCGUCCCAGAACCGGUCGAGGAAACAUCUCAGUUGCUCACACCUGAGCCCUCAGUAUCACCUGAACCCGAGCAGGCCUCGGAAGCUACAGUCGUAGCUAGUUCGCCACAAGCCGAUGCCGACGGGGAUACGGUGAUGGAGGAUCGAACACCUACGCCUGAGCCACAACCUGAGCCUGAGCUGGAAGCAAAGCCUGAACCGGCUGCUGAGACUACACAGAUAGAGCCCAAGGAGGAGACCCCCAUACCAGAACCAGACGUAGAGGCUCGGCCACUGGAGCAACCGCAGCCGCCGGCUAAGGUGUCAGAGGAGGCCAACAUACAGCAAACCAUGCUCGAGCCCAUUGACAUUGUGGUGAAAAGGCGAGCGGCCGCCAUACCGUCGCUGCACGAGCCUGCGCCACCAAAGCAGCGGACAGUCAUUACCUGGCUUAUCCUGAACAACUUUAAGAGUUAUGCUGGCCGGCAAGCAGUGGGGCCGUUCCAUGCCUCGUUCUCCUCUGUGGUUGGACCUAAUGGUUCCGGCAAGUCCAAUGUCAUCGACUCGCUACUUUUCGUCUUCGGUUUUCGCGCAAAUAAGAUGAGGCAGAGCAAACUCUCGGCCUUAAUUCACAACUCGGCUGCAUUUCCAGAUCUGGACUUCUGCGAAGUUGAGGUUCAUUUCCAGGAAGUUAAGGACCUUCCAGAUGGUGGGCAUGAGGUUAUCCCAGACUCCCAACUUGUAAUUUCACGAAGGGCUUUCAAAAACAACUCGAGCAAAUACUACAUCAACAAGAAAGAGUCGACGUUCACCAUUGUCACGAAUCUGCUCAAGGACCGAGGAGUUGACCUGGACCACAAGCGAUUCCUGAUCCUGCAGGGUGAGGUUGAAUCCAUUGCGCAGAUGAAGCCAAAAGCCCAGGGCGAGCAUGAUGAUGGUCUUCUUGAGUAUUUGGAGGACAUUAUCGGCACAUCAAAGUACAAGACGCCGAUUGCAGAAGCUGAAGUGGAAGUCGAAACCCUUAACGAAGUCUGCCGAGAGAAGAGCAAUCGUGUGCAGCAUGUGGAAAAGGAGAAGAGUGGUUUGGAAGAGAAAAAGGAUAAAGCUCUUGGGUACCUUCGCGACGAGAACGAGCUCGCUUCGAAGCAGUCAACCCUCUACCAAAUCUACGUCUCUGAGUUUGAUGAUCACAUCCAGGUCACUCAGGAAUCUGUGACUCAGUUGCAGACUCAGUUAGACGAAGAACUGCAAAGGCAUCAGGGCAGCGAAGAGGAGAUUAAAGAGCUCGAGCGCCAGUACAAGAAGGGCGUGAAGGAGUGUGAGCAGCUCGAAAAGAAGAACCAAGAGCUUCAGAAGGAGGUAGCUCGCAUCGACAAGGAGGCCGUCAAGUUUGAAGAAAAGAAAAAGUUCCUUGCAGGCAAGCAAAAGAAGCUUGAGAAGACCAAGGAGGCGAGUUACUAUGGCCGGUCGGAAGCAGAAAGUCUCUCGAAGCAGUAUGCCUCAGAUCUCGAGCGCUACGCUGAAGAGGUGGCUGAGCUCGAGGAAAGCAUGAAGGCUGAAGAAAAGGAGCUUGAAGCUGUUCGAAAGAGCUUGGCAGGCAAGACACAAGGUCUCUCAGACGAGAUUGCGGCAAAGCAAAAGUCGUUGGAGCCUUGGAGUGCCAAGAUCAACGAGAAGCAGUCAGCCAUCGCGGUCGCACAAAGCGAGCUCGAUAUCAUGCUUGAGCGCGAGAAUGCGGGUGCCAAGGGUAUUGCCGACGUUGAAGCUAGGAUCGAAGGCUUGGAGGAGGCAAAACAGGCCAAGGCCGCAGAGCUUGACGAAUGCAAAGCUGAAAGGAAGCGGGUGGAGAAGGGCAUCCAGAAGAUACAAGCCAAACUUGAGGAGAUCACCCAGAAAGAGCCUCUGUUGAGGUCGAAGCUUUCGGGUGCAAGAGCAAAGGCUGACGAGGCUCGUGCAAGCCUUUCCUCUGCUCAGACUCAGGGCAAUGUUCUGACAGGCCUUAUGCGCUUGAAGGAGUCUGGACGUAUUGAUGGCUUCCACGGCCGCCUGGGUAAUCUGGGUACCAUCGAUCAAAAGUAUGAUGUUGCCAUAUCUACUGCGUGUCCACAACUAGACAACAUGGUUGUUGACACCGUAGAGUCUGGCCAGCAGUGCAUCGAGUACCUGCGAAAGAACAACCUGGGCCGCGCCAACUUCAUACUGUUGGAUCGUCUUGCCAAGCGCGACAUGUCGCCCGUGCAGACUCCAGAGAAUGUGCCACGUCUUUUCGACCUCGUCAAACCCAAACACGAAAAGCUUAGGCCUGCCUUCUUCCAGGUCAUGACAAACACCCUGGUCGCCGAAGACCUCGACCAGGCUGAGCGUAUCGCGUAUGGCGCAAAGCGAUGGCGAGUCGUGACCCUAGACGGCAAACUCAUCGACACAGCGGGUACUAUGAGUGGUGGUGGAAGCAGAGUAGUAAAGGGCAAGAUGUCGUCCAAGCUUGCGUCAGAUGUUACGAGAGACCAGGUCACCAAGCUGGAACAUGACCGAGAUACGCUCGAACAGACCUUCACCGAGUUCCAGCAAGAGCAGCGGGAGCUAGAGACGACGUUGAGGGACCUCAACCAGCAAAUUCCUGAGCUAGACACCAAAGCGCAAAAACUCGCACUUGAGUUGGAGAGCUUCGACCGCAAUAUUGCCGACUGUCAGCGUCGCAUCAAGGAGCUUGGUAGUGAACAAGCAUCCACAAAGACGGACAAGGGCCGCAUCUCGUCCUUGGAGAAGAGUAUUGCUUCGAUGGAGAAGGAGGUCUCCAAACUCCGUUCGGAGACGGAAGACAUUGAGGCAGAGAUCAAGGCCCUGCAGGACAAGAUUAUGGAAAUUGGAGGUGUCAAGCUACGUGGUCAAAAGGCCAAGGUUGACGGUCUCAAAGGCCAAAUCGACACUCUUACUGAGCAGGCUUCCAACGCCGAGGUUUCCAAGUCCAAAGAGGAAAAACAGCGUGCCAAGCACGAAAAGGCAUACAACGACGCUGUUAAAGAACUAGAGAAGCUGGCAGCCGACGCAGAAAAGGUGGAAGAGGACAUGGCCUCUCAGCAACGAGACGUGUCUGGAAUCCGGCAACAAGCUGAAGAAGCACAGGAGGAGCUUGAGACGAGGAAAGAAGAGCUCCAAGUGCUCAAGAAAGAACUUGACGAGAAGAUGACGGAACUCAACGAGACGCGUGCUGUCGAGAUUGAGAUGCGCAACAAGCUCGAAGAAGGACAAAAGUCACUGCACGAGUUCCAGAAAAAGCAGGCCUACUUCCAAGACAAGCUGAGCAAGCUCUCGUAUCAGAAUAUAACGGACCUUGGCGAAGAGCAAGAAGGCGGCAGUGGCGGUGAGGGGCUUCCGUCGUACAGCAAAGACGAGCUUCAGGACAUGGACAAGGCCUCUCUCAAAGAGCAAAUCGCGCAUCUAGAGAAGAAGAAUGAGUCCACACAAGUCGAUCUAUCUGUUCUCGCCGAAUACCGCAAGCGCGUAGAAGAGCACGCUGCGCGAUCGGCAGAUCUGGCUACGGCUGUCAGUGCGCGCGACGCGGCAAAGCACAAAUGCGAAGAGCUUCGACGCCUGCGCAAAGAGGGUUUCAAGGAAGGGUUCGAUAUCAUCACGGCACGUCUCAAGGAGAUGUACCAGAUGAUUACCAUGGGUGGUAAUGCCGAACUCGAGUACGAAGACACGCUCGAUGCCUUUUCGGAAGGUAUCCGUUUCUCCGUCAUGCCUCCUAAGAAGUCGUGGAAAAAUAUCAGCAACUUGUCUGGUGGAGAGAAGACGCUAUCGUCUCUUGCCUUGGUGUUCGCACUGCACCAUUACAAGCCCACGCCGUUAUACGUCAUGGACGAAAUUGACGCCGCGCUGGAUUUCCGCAACGUGAGCAUUGUCGCCAGCUACAUCAAAGAGAGGACUAAGAAUGCGCAAUUCAUUGUCAUUUCGCUCCGGAACAACAUGUUUGAGCUUGCGAGUCGGCUGGUUGGUGUUUACAAGGUUAAUCACAUGACGAAGAGUGUUACGAUAGAGAAUAAGGAUUACAUCAACGCCCAGGCAUGAUCGGAAUGACUAGUUACGUUCUGGCUUUCGAUGUGGGCGUUUGGGUGUUUGGCAUACGGGAUCAUGAGACACGCAUUGAUAUGGGGCGAGCUAGGGCUAUGAUACCACAUUGAGAUGCAUGCGGGCUGGUACUUGAUGAU